UUUGGUUAUGGGUAAGAGCGGUACUGUUGGGAGUGCUUAUGAGCCUUUAUAUGUUGUCUGUAAAGACCUUCCUACUCUCAGAUGACGAACCAUAGAAUAUAGACCAUCACUUGUCCCUUUGUCUCUCCCCUUCCAUGUCUGUCCCUUUCCAUGUCUAUCCAUUUGAUAAAUGACAAUUUGUCUCACUCUCUUUGUUUUCAGACUUGUAUGUACAUUCCUGUGACUCACUUAUAAUGUGUUUCCUAAUAUAUAAAUGUUAGUCAGAUACUCAUGUCUUCACUUUUCAUCGCUUCUGCUUUUCACUUGUCAAAUUUUACGUCAUGUGUGUUCACAGAUAUCAAAAUUAAGCAUGAUUCCUGUGGUUUGUGUUAUGGAAUGGAUUCUUCACAACAAACACUACUCAAGGGAAGUGAAAUUUUCAGUGGUGGUUGUGGUUAUUGGUGUUGGUGUUUGUACUGUAACUGAUGUAAAAGUUAACCUGAAAGGUUUCACAUGUGCCGCUAUAGCAGUUUUAUCAACAUCUUUACAACAGAUUUCGAUAGGUUCUCUUCAAAAGAAAUACUCAGUUGGAUCUUUUGAACUGCUGAGUAAGACUGCUCCCAUUCAAGCUCUCUUUCUUCUUAUUCUUGGUCCAGUUGUUGAUUACUACCUUAGUGGAAAAUUGAUAACCAACUAUAAGAUGUCUUAUGGUGCCUUUUUGUGCAUUCUUCUUUCAUGCUCGCUAGCUGUAUUUUGCAAUGUGAGCCAGUACCUUUGCAUUGGGCGCUUUUCAGCUGUUUCUUUCCAAGUUUUAGGGCACAUGAAAACAGUAUGUGUCCUAACACUGGGAUGGCUGCUAUUUGAUUCAGAGCUAACUGUCAAGAAUAUCAUGGGAAUGGCCAUUGCAGUAAUUGGCAUGAUAAUUUACAGUUGGGCAGUGGAGGCUGAAAAAAAGUCAAAUGAAAAAACCUCUCAUCACGCGAAAAAUAGCCUUACCGAAGAAGAAAUUAGAUUAUUGACGGCUGGAAUAGACAAGAUUCCUUUGAAAGAUGUUGAAGUGGGUGAACAUCAAGAAGAUUGAAUAACAAUAUGAUGAUGAAAUUUGAUGAAAUGAGUGCAGACAAUUAUAAUGUGCAUAUUACUUUAUUUGUGUCUUGUCUAGUCGAAAUGGUAGUAAAAGUUGCAUCUCCUUGCACUCACAGAUCCAUUUUUAGUUUUGCUCAUGUUAAUAGAAAUGUUUCGUUACUAGUUUGAUUUAUAAUAGUUUUGAGUUUAUUCAUUUGGCCUGCAAAGAGAUUUACGGUUAUGAUGACAGCCAUUAGGAUGUAUAAUGUGUACGCUAAAGGAAAGCGAUAAAAAGUUCAAUUAUAGAAUAUAUCAGCAAAUAAUAUGUUUUGUAAUUAAA